AAACAAGCCGGUCCCACACAAAGCGGGGAAUGGGAUGAGUGAGGCAGCUGAACAGAAGCACAGUAACUUCUGCUGAGAAACAGAGGGAGGAAUCCUGCUCCUGCAGCGAGGGAAGACAAGGAGGAGGACGACUAGACAGGACGAGGAAAACUGAGAGGACAGUGGGUCCAGUCGAUUGAGACAAGUGAAGGAGCAAAGGGGGAAAAAAGGAGAAAAAACAACAAAAGUAGGACAAAAAAUAUAUAUAUUGGAGACUGGCGGUGCUGGAAGAGAGUGCUUGACACGCGGGGAAAAGAUACACACACACAUACUCACAUCCACAUUUGUGCCUCCUUGGAAGGCAGCAUGAAUCGAGACAGUCAAAGUGAGGACACUUUGUCAACCAUGGUUCUGGAGAACAUCAAGAACAAACUGAUUCACGCAUUCAGGACCACUGGUGAACCACGGGAUGCCCCAGAGUCUACUACUGGGCCCUUUAGCAUUGGCAGGAGUUACCAAGCCAAUGAGGAACUGCGGAGAGCUAAGAUAGAUGGAGCCAUAACCUGGCUAAGAUCUGAACUGCUGGAAAUGCGCUCUCAGGACCAACAGCUGGCCCAGACCCUGCUGGGACUCAACAAUGAGAUCCAGAGACUGAGGCGGGAGAGUAUGUCUGGGGCUCUGGAGCCGGAGGGGGGUGAACACCACUAACCAACCCCACCCAGUGCACCUCCCCUGGGGGAAACAUAGAGUGAGGGUGGAGGUUUCCUGCUGGAAUUUUCUGGAACCCUGUCUGAAUCCAUGACCAGACUAUGUCCUUUGGCAUUUCUAAAACAGAUACGUGGAAGUGUUACACAAACGAGACCCUUGGAAUGAGGAUUCCCUUGUAAAGGUCACAUGGCAUGUUUGAUGUUGGCUAUGAGGGACCCAAUGGACUGGAUAGGAUUUGAUGAGUCAUAGUCAUAAGAAUGUUUCAAACUUUUGAGGUAGUGCAUGCAUUUUCAGUCCUGUGUCAUUCACCAAGUGAGAUCCAAAGCGAACAUGUUAUCAUUAAAAUUAUAUUAUUUAAGACAAAACAAUCCGUAUUUUGAGGGCCUAGUUUUUCCUUAAUACAGUGGCCUGAAACUCAGGUUUUUACAGGUCACAUCAGGCCUAUAAAUCGCAUUAUGCUGUUUUGCAAAGUGAUGUGUUACUCCUAGAAUUCUUCAGAAUUUUUAGUCACCCACAAACUGCAUUCAGAAUGAUUGCCAGUGUUAGGAAGACUAAGGGGGUAUCACACUGAAUUGGCUUGGAGCAGUUUUUCCCGAACUCUGGUGCGUUUACCCUCUUAGUUUUUUUUUGUUGUUUGGUUUGUUCUGGUGUGAACACUCUAUCUGCACUAACGCACCGUGGUUCGCUCAAAAAUGUUGGUCUCUAAUGCGAUUAAUUUCGUACUGAGAACGCAGUCUGGACCAAACACAGGAAAAUAACCACAGACACGCACUAUUAUUGGUUGUUUGACUGCAAGCAUUUGAUGAAAUGCCCGCAAGAUCAUAACUUGAAAUAUCUGACACAUUCUGUGUGUAGCAGCGCAUCCGAUGCAGAUUAGUGGAGACUGGAGCUAUACCGGAGAUAGAUGCUACUGAAUAUAGUCUAUUCAUUUAGCCUAUUCAGUCACAGUCGGAGCGGCUAUUGUGCUGUUUCCUUCCGCAUGUUGUUGGAAGACCAAAACAAAAGUAAUAUGAAGAUUGGGACACAUACAGUGGGGCAAAAAAAUAUUUAGACAGGACCAAUUGUGCAAGUUCUCCCACUUAAAAAGAGGAGAGAGGCCUGUAGUUUUCAUCAUAGGUACACUUCAACUAUGACAGACAAAA